CCUAGAUUAUCUGGCCUAUAUUAUUGUACUGGAUUUUAAAUCUUUCAACAUGAAAAUCAACUUCAUAUGUCAGACUUGGGGGAAUCAAUUGGCUUCGCUAACUUUGCAAGUUCACAUAGUAUGUUUUCGUAUUUGUUUAGUACAAUCAUCGGGAAGUAGACUGUAAAUGUAAAUGUGACGGAAACGCAAAACCCACAGUUCUCUCCCGAUCAUAAUAUUAAUCACCCCACCCACAACGAUCACGUAACGAAUGAAACUUAACGAAAAAAAAGACCACAUUGAAAAAUCCACUUUCGACGGUUUAUUUCGUUACUUUCCUGGCGUAUGCCAUCUGCUGACUGGCGUAGGUUUUAAUUGAAUCUUUUUCUAAGUUUAUUUUAUUUUUUUUCGAGGAAGUUUCGACCUCAUUUCCCCUUGACAAAUACUUUCGCAACUGCCACCUCAGUAUAGAGGUGUUGCUCAAGCUGCCUGUUGUACUUUGUGUGCAAGUAAGUGCGAGUUUGUGUACAAAUGUAUGUAUUAUAUCUAUGAUACAUUUGGUCUUUGUCCUACCAGCGGCAUGUGUUACGCUUUGACAGCUAGAUAAACUUUAUUCAGAUCCUUUGGAAUGGCGUCUACAUGGAAUGACUUGGACUUGCUCCUCGAUUCUCCUACCAAACCAGCAGCUACAGCUGCACAUCGAGGGACUAUUACAGACAAGGCUAACUUUAAUGCAAGUGAAGAUGCUGCAGCUCUGAGGAAAGCUAUUGAGGGUCUUGGCACAGAUGAAAAGACCAUAAUUAGUAUUUUAACAGAGAGGACAAAUAAGCAGCGUCAGCUGAUAUGUGCAGCAUAUCAUCAAGCAACUGGGAGGACCCUGAAAGAGGACCUGCAAGGAGACACCCAUGGGGACUUCGAAGACCUGCUACUGUCACUUAUCACACCGGCAAAUGUGUUUGAUAGUCAGGAGGUAAUCAAGGCUAUGAAAGGACUUGGGACGACUGAUAAUGCUCUGAUAGAAAUCUUUGCUUCAAGAACCACCCAACAAAUAAAGGCCCUCUCGGAUGCGUAUUUGGCAGAAACGGGGAAGAAAGUAACACUUGACCUCAAGAAGGAAGUCUCAGGGGAUUACGGCAAGGCACUCCUCACUUUGGCUGAGGCAACAAGGGAGGACAGCACUACUGUAGAUGUGGGAAAAGCCAGACAGGAAGCCAAGGUUCUGUAUGAGGCAGGAGAGAAGAGAUGGGGGACAGACGAAAACAAAUUUAUCGAUAUUUUGUGCCACCGAAGCUUAGCUCAACUGAGGCAAGUUUUGAUUGAAUAUAAGAACAUCAGUGGAAAGACACUGCAAGAGAGCAUUGAAAGUGAAAUGUCUGGACAUUUAGAAGAUCUGCUGGUGGCCAUAGUGAAAUGUGUGAAAAGUGUACCAGCCUACUUGGCUGAAAGAAUCCACACAUGCAUGAAGGGUCUUGGGACAGAUGACACUACUUUGCGGAGAAUAAUGGUCAGUCGCUCCGAGAUUGACAUGCUGGACAUCAAGGCUGAGUUCAAAAAAAUGUAUGGCUACUCACUGCACUCUGCUUUAGAGUCUGAAACUUCUGGGGAAUAUCGCAAAACUCUGCUGAAAAUCUGUGGUGGAGAGUAACUGUGAAGCGUUGAAAAUUCUGGGCCGUUUCAUCAAGCUACUAACUUAACAGUAGAAACAAUAACGAAGUAUUUAAACAGCUGCUGUUUUAUUAACUAUUCACUAAAGUGUGCACACGUGUCUUUUUAUGUGUGUAUAUAUACCAAACUUAAAAUUGCAAAUUUCAUUAUGUGAAUUCAUAAUAUUCUUUAUUAACUGAAUUGAAUGUAUAACUAUAUUGAACAACACACAAUGUGUUGCAAUGUAAAGGAACAUGACUGUUAUUUUUUCCAGUAGAUGGCAGUAAAAAUAAAAAGGUUGCAGGAAUUUCAUGAACAUAAUUUUCUUGGAAAAUACAAUUGUGAAAGAAUCCUUCUUAAUGUGUUUAAUAUGCAUGAAAAAUGUACUUAUACAUAAUGUAAUGUUAAACUACAUACAAAAGACUACAUGCAUGAAUAAAGGUUUGUGAAAAAUCGCA